GGCGGCCGAGCCCGGCGAGACAGCGGCGGAAAGUGCCACGACUUCACACGGCUUCGGCGGUGAGAAGGGACCGCGACCUGGCACGGGCGGGCACAGAAGAGUGAGGCAGGAUGGAUGUAUAUGACCCUCAGACGCUGGGUGUUAUGGUCUUCGGAGGCUUCAUGGUGAUCUCAGCCAUCGGGAUCUUCCUGGUGUCCACCUUCUCCAUGAAGGAGACAUCUUAUGAGGAAGCCUUGGCCAAACAACGCAAGGAGCUUGAGAGGACCCAGCAGCAGAAAUUAGAGAAAAAGAAGAAAGAGAAACUGGUUGAGAAAAAAGGAAAAGCCAAGAAAAAGGAAGAGAAACCAAAUGGAAAGAUCCCAGAGCAGCAGCUUACUCAGGAAGUGACGGACCCUCCCAAGGAGGUGGUUCCUGAGUCUGCCGUGGUGCCUGAGCCUGUAGCAGUUGAAACUCCAAUUGCAGCAGUGGCCGUUGUCCCCCAAGAAAAGGAGAAACCUGUUCCAUCACCUAAGGAGAAGAGGAAGAAGGAGAAGAAGGUGGCAAAGGUAGAGCCUGCUCCUAACCUGGUGUCGGCUCCACCCCCUGUCAGCAUCCCCAAAAGUUCUCCUGUCCGGGAGGUGGCCACUAAGGAGGUGCCUGUUGUGGCAGUGCCCCCAGUUGGCACUCAGCAAAGUGCUCCUGUCAUCAGCUCUGUUGCUGUCAGGAAAGCCGCGGCUCUUCCUGCCCAGGAGGAUCAGAAACAUGAUGGACCUGCCAAGAGAAAGUCUUCAUCCAAGAAAAAGAAUGAGCCAGCACCUACGGAUUCAGAUGGGGCCCUGUACCUGCCCUACAAGACACUCAUGUCCACAGUCAGCAGCAUGGUGUUCAGUGAGGGGGAGGCCCAGCAGCUCAUCGAGAUCCUGACAGAGAAAGCAGGAAUCAUCCAGGACACCUGGCACAUGGCCACACAGAAGGGUGACCCGGUUGCUGUCCUGAAACGCCAGCUGGAGGAGAAGGAGAAGCAGCUCUCUGCUGAGCAGGAGGAUUCAGCUGCUGCCAGGAGCAAACUGCGGGAGCUGAGCAAGGAGCUGGCAGCUGAGCGGGCCAAGGCGGUGGCUGUGGAGGGCAAGCUGAAGGAGCAGCUGCUGGCUCGUGAGCGGGAGAUCGUGGCAGUGCAGGCACGGAUGCAGGCCAGCUACCAGGACCAUGUCAGUGAGACCCAGCAGCUCCAGGGCAAGAUCCGGACCCUGCAGGAACAGCUGGAGAAUGGCCCCAACACGCAGCUGGCUCGCCUGCAGCAGGAGAACUCCAUCCUGAGGGAUGCCCUCAACCAGGCUACCAGCCAGAUGGAAAGCAAGCAAAAUGCUGAGCUGGCCAAGUUGAGGCAGGAGUGCAGCAAGCUGAUGAAAGAGCUGUCUGAGAAGUCGGAGGUGCUGCAGCAAGAGGAGCAGCAGAGGAAGAGCUGGGAGAUGAAAGCAGCGAACUUGGAGAAGCAAAUUGAGCACCUUCAGGAUUACCAACGGGACACAGAGGCGAUGCUGCAGAAGAGGCUGGAUGAGGUCAGCGAUGAGCUCCGCAAAACCCAGAGCAGCUACAGGAGCCUGUUGGCAGAUGCAGAAAAGACCAAAGGGCAGCAGCAGAGCAUUGCUGAACUGCAGGCCAAGCUGCUGAACUCCGAGGCAGAGGUUAAAAGUAAGCUGCUGGAGUUGGACAGUGUGAAAGGGCAACUGCAGGAUGUCAGCUCGGAGAAUACAAAGCUUCUGGAGAGGAUCAAGUCUAUCGAAGCUCUGCUGGAGGCAGGGCAGAUGCGGGAGGCAGAAAAAGACGGAGGCCUGCAGGCAGCCAAUGAAGCAGAAAUGAAGCAGCUGCAGUCAAGACUCCAGGAGAAGACAGACCAGCUCUCAGUCUUGGAAAGGGAGGCUACACAGCUGCGGGAGGCAGUGGAGCAACAGAAGGUGAAAAACAAUGACCUUCGGGAAAAGAACUGGAAGGCAAUGGAAGCACUCACCACAGUGGAGAAGGCGUGUGAGGAAAAACUGCUUGCUGCUACAAAAGCAAAGGAAGAGCUGGCCCAACAGCUGGACUCGCUCCAGACGCGAACCAAGAACACACUGCUCUCCGCCCUCCCAGGAGUAACCAUGUCCUUACAGCAGGAUUAUGACACGUGGCUACAGGAGUUUAAGGAGAAGACUGUGGGUUUGCUAAAGCAGCAGAUGAUCACAACAGAGCCACCAGAUUCAGCUCUUAAAUUAAAAGAGGCAGAGGAAGCGCAAAGCACUUUACAAGCAGAAUGUGAGCAGUAUAGAACGAUCCUUGCAGAGACAGAAGGGAUGCUGCGAAACCUGCAGAAGAGUGUGGAGGAGGAGGAGCAGGUGUGGAAGGCAAAGCUCACAGUGUCUGAAGAGGAGCUCCAAAAGUCACACCUGCAGCUGAAGUCUCUGGAAGGUGUGGUGGAGAAGUUGAAAGCAGAUCUGCAAAGCACAGAUCAGCUAAAGGAAUACACCUCUCUUCUGGAAACACAACUGGAAAAUCACUUGGAGACAGCCAGCUCUGAACGCCAGAACUACACAAAAGAAGUUGAAGCUUUGAGGCAGCUCUUGUCAGAGUCCCAGGAGCAGCUGGAGGCAGCAAAGACUGAAACACAGAAGCAGAGCAAGGAGCUGGCCCUGUUGAAAACCCAGCUGGAGCAGAACGAAACACUAGCAGAAAAGGAGCAAAUGCUGCGGCAAAAGCUGGCACGGGAGCUGGAGGAGGCCCAGAGCUUAGCACGCAGCUUGCAAGCAGAGCUGGAAAAGCUGAGGCUGGCUGAACAUGCAGCAGCUUCAGACAAGGAGGAGACCCAGCAUCUCAAGGGGAAAGAGGACAGUUCAAAGGAAGGGACUUCAGUUUGAUGAGUCUUCACCCUGGACCUUACAGUUAACUUACCAAAAUGCCUUACACAUUCCUAAAAAUAAAAAUUUAUGAUAAAUUUACUGUAGAUAAAAGAUACAAGCCAUUAGUGACCCAAAACAUAGUUUUGAAACUUCAAAGAAAACGUCAAAGACAAAACAAUCAGUAAACACUGCAGUUUGUAAGAAAAUCUUCAUACUGUUUUGUACAACUCUUCAUUUCCUGGGAAGCUGGUGUGGCCACGCCAGGCACGUGCUGGGGCUUCACCCUCCUCUUCCAGCAGAACCCACCAAGGUGUGAAAAGGGAAGACUGUUUAUACAUCAACCAGUGCAAUUAUAAUUUUUUUUUCUUUUUUUUGUUUUUUGAGUGAAAGAAGUGUGAAAGUAAGACCCACCAUUGGAAGGAUGCUCUCUUGGAGGGGUGGCUCUUGGCAUGUGUAUUUCUGGGUGUUGAUGCAAUUAAAAUGAUGUAGUGAAGAGAGCUUAUCCUUGCUUUAUUUUUCUUGGAGGUUUGUCUGUGUUAGAUUUCUUAAGUUUGCAAGCCAGGUAGGGCUCUGGGGUGGCUGGAGAAGGACUCUGGCCAGGAGCAUAUUCUUUAUUCCCCCUUUGCUGGCUGUGUCACAGAAACCAUCCCCUGGUUUUGAUCCACAAUAAAGACAAAAUUCAUUCCCGCUGUGUUUUCCCACUGAUGGUCCAGGGCUGGCCUCCCUGUGUGGGGUUUGGCAGAGGGAUUGACACUUUUGCCAUGGCAGCAGGGGCAUGGUGGACAGGGACCAUUCCUCCUGCUUGCUUUAAGCCUUAGUGCUCCCCUGGAAUCUGUCCCUGUGGGUGCUGUGUGGUGGUGGUUGCCUUUGCUUUACUGUCAGGCUCUCCAGCCCUCUGUUCUCCCUUGUUGCUUUACUUUUUUUUAAUUGUUCUUUCAUUAUUCUUUUUUUCUUUUAAUUUAUUUUUUAUUUUCAAGCUGGUUUCUUAGGAAAUAGCAGAGGCCACGUGACAGCUUGGUGCCUGUCUCCCCACAAUAAAGCUGCUAAGCCCAGUGCUGGUAUCAGCAGGUUUUGAGAGAGGAGAGGAAAAGGCCCCUCAGUCCCUCCACUGUAUGCAAAGAGCCAAGGCCAGGAAGGAGGAUGAAGGGCAGGCCUGCUUCUGUUUUGUUCCUGGGGAAGGCCAGUGUGUGACUAGCCCCUGUACUGCACACCAGAGUCUCCACAGGAUUGAGACAUCCUGUCCCUUCUUCAUCACUGUGGCUUAUGGGGCCAUGAUGAAGGGUGGGAGAAAACUGUGUAACUCAGUUGGAACCAGGUAAGAAAAAGGGCCAGAAAAAUGGGGAGCCAAGAGCCACUCCUGCCCCCAGCCUUGUGUGUGUCCCCCGCCACUCCCUGUCCCAGCCCAGGUGGCAGAUGGGGCUGCUCUCCCCAUCCCAGAGGGACAAACUCCUGAAGCAGACCUUUGCCCAACAGCCAGGAUUAGCCUGUGGUUUAUCUUCCUGGACUUUGUGGCAUAUGUAGAGGAACACAUGAAUCAAGGGCAACUGGUGCUGUCAGUGCUGUCACUUGCCCCAGCCCAA